UGCAUAAUGAGAUUAUAUUUAUUUCGUUCCUCUCUAUACGCACAAGCUAAGGGUGGACACCGAUUUCUGUUAUCGUAAGAUUAGCCUGUUUGAACAGCAAGGUUCCACUACAGUUGUAAAUGAAGGUAAAGACAGGAGAGAAAAACAGAGGACCCCCUCGUUGAUUUCCUUCCUUAAAAGCCCUCCGCAAACUCCUCCCUGAGCAACAAUCCACUGCUAGCGAUGAGGCAAGCUCGAGGAUUGCCCUUCUCUGCUCUCUUCCUUCUCCUCCUCCUCUUCCCUUGGACCCAUUUUGCUGCAGCUCAAGAAGUCGAGGACGAGAGCGAGUUCAGCUACCUGGCGGGCAGCCCGAAUGGCCCCGAACACUGGGGAGAGAUACGGCAUGAAUGGGCUCUGUGCAACAACGGAGACAUGCAGUCUCCCAUCGACCUCCUGCACGAGAGGGUCCGCGUCUCCCCUGCCCUGGGCAGAAUCCGGAGGAGCUACAGGGCGUCCAACGCCACGCUGAGGAACCGCGGCCACGACAUCAUGCUGCAAUGGGAGGGAGGAGCCGGAACGAUCCGCAUCAAUGGCACCCAUUACGAGCUUCGACAGUGUCAUUGGCACUCCCCGUCCGAGCACACCAUCGACGGAAAGAGGUUCGCGAUGGAGCUGCAUCUGGUGCAUGUGUCAGCGGACCAGCGUGUAGCUGUAAUCGGCAUCCUGUACACAAUUGGGCGGCCCGACACAUUCCUCGCUGAGCUGAUGGAGGAGAUUCAGGAAGUGGCGGAUGGAAGAGAAGAGAAGAAAGCAGUAGGGUUGGUGGAUCCACGGCACAUCAAAGUAGGAAGCAGGAAGUACUACAGGUACAUGGGCUCGCUGACAACUCCACCCUGCGAUCAGGGCGUCGCUUGGACCAUCAGCGAGAAGAUCAGAACUGUGUCGAGGGAGCAAAUGGGGUUGCUGAGAGAGGCUGUGCACGAUGAUGCAGAGGCGAACGCAAGGCCAGUUCAGGCGAUUAAUGGCCGAGAGGUCCAGUUUUACAGUCCUUGGCAUCGUAAAGACGUCGAAGUGGUUCGUCCGUAGUCCGUAGAGGAGGAGGAGAGCCUUUUGGUUUCGGUGGUUGUGAUUUGAUUUGUUGUUAUGCAUGUAUCAUGUAUGGCGCGGACGCGGUUAUUGAUAUUUUACUGAUCAGAAAAUAAAUGCCAUUGCCCUAUUUAAUGACUA